UACCGCUAUCUUGUCAGUAUGUCGCACUUAGAAGCCUCAAAUCUUUACAAAAUCAAUGGCCUCGUCGCUGUAAUAACCGGCGGAGGGAGCGGCCUCGGGCGCACAAUGGCCCUGACGCUAGCUACGAACGGCGCAUCCAAGGUUUUUAUCAUAGGACGCCGUGAAGACUCCCUCCGCGAAACCGUCUCCCUCGCCCCCGACUCCGCCAAACAAAACAUCAUCCCCGUCCCGGCGGAUGUGACAUCCCAGGAAUCUCUACAGUCUGCAUAUGAGACAAUCGCCGCCCAAACAGGAUAUGUCGACCUCCUAAUCGCCAACUCUGGGAUAGUAGGCCCACCUGCUAUCAUCAAACGUAAGGACGAUGGGUCUCUUCUCCCCAUCUCCGAGCUCAAGGACUAUCUCUGGAACAUCCCAAUGGCGGAGUUUACCAAGGUCUUUGAGGUGAACACCACAGGCGCGUACUACACCGCCAUCGCCUUCCUACCUCUCCUAGAUGCGGCGAAUAAACGCCGUCCUGCGCCAGAGAAGAAUAAGCUGUCCCCGCCGCUGGCUCAGAUUAUCAUGACCUCGAGUAUUGCUGGGUAUUCACGGCAGGUUCCAUUGGAUUUCGCGUAUAAUCUGUCCAAGGGCGCUGUGAAUCAUCUGGUUAAGGCGCUCUCGACGAGUCUAACCGAGUACGGGAUUAGGGUUAAUGGGAUUGCGCCUGGACUGUUUUACUCGGAGAUAUCGGUGGGAGCCAACUUUGAGCCUGGGGAUAAGGGUGUCUCAGAUGGGUCAUUCCAGCCGGAUAAGAUCCCCAUGACUAGGGCUGGGGGUGAGGAGGAUAUUGCGGGGUUGGUACUUUGGAUGGCAGGUGCUUCGGGAGGUUAUUUGAAUGGCAAUAUCACGGUUAUUGAUGGGGGAAGGCUGAGUGUUUUGCGAUCUUCAUAUUGA